CCUCUAUAUAUAUAUAUAUACACUUCCUCCAUAUACAAUGUCUUUCAAUCACGCCAUUUACUCAUUAACACUCUCCCUAUUUCUCAAACCCCAUGGCUACAUCCCAUCAGUUUCUCUCUCUACCCAAAGCUUCUUUUUGUUGAUUGGUUCAAUCAGUCGCUUAAAUCUUAGACAUUGGCCGGCAAACUAAUAAAAAGGUACAGAAAUCUGUCGGUUUUCCACUUCCGAUACUAGUCGCCGCCGCUAGAUCUGUAAGCAACAAUGAUUAGUGGGCAUGACUUCUACACCGUCAUGGCGGCGAUGGUGCCGUUAUACGUCGCUAUGAUUCUGGCUUACGGCAGUGUACGGUGGUGGAAGAUAUUUUCUCCUGAUCAGUGCUCCGGCAUCAACAGAUUCGUGGCUAUCUUCGCCGUUCCGUUACUGUCGUUUCAUUUCAUUUCUUUGAACAAUCCGUACGAGAUGAAUUUCCGGUUCAUCGCCGCUGACACACUCCAGAAAAUCAUUAUGCUGGUGGUGCUCGGACUCUGGGCUAAGUUCUCGAAGAACGGGAGUUUGGAAUGGAUGAUUACGAUUUUUUCACUCUCCACGCUACCUAAUACUUUGGUGAUGGGGAUUCCGUUGCUGAUUGCGAUGUACGGCGAUUAUUCGGGGUCGUUGAUGGUUCAGGUGGUGGUGCUGCAGUGCAUCAUAUGGUACACUUUGCUGCUUUUCUUGUUCGAGUACAGAGGCGCCAAGAUUCUGAUCAUGGAACAGUUCCCGGAAACUGCCGCGUCUAUUGUGUCAUUCAAGGUGGAGUCCGAUGUUGUAUCACUUGAUGGUCAUGAUUUUUUGGAAACCGAUGCUGAGAUCGGAGACGAUGGGAAGCUUCAUGUGACAGUGAGGAAAUCGAACGUUUCGAGAAGGUCGCUCCCCGGAAUGACUCCCCGGCCAUCGAAUUUGACAGGGGCGGAGAUCUACAGUUUGAGUUCAUCGAGAAACCAGACUCCAAGAGGUUCGAAUUUUAACAACUCUGAUUUUUACUCUAUGAUGGGAUUUCCCGGUGGCCGGUUAUCGAAUUUCGGUCCGGCGGAUAUGUAUUCCGUUCAGUCAUCGAGAGGCCCGACACCCCGACCAUCGAAUUUUGAAGAGAGCACAGCUCCGGGACCUUUAAAUUCUCCGAGGUUUGGAUCUUAUCCGGCACCGGGAGUUCAGUCGACGUCGUCUUACCCUGCUCCAAACCCGGAGAUCACAUCAACGGUUACAAAACCGGCAAAAGGCCUACAACCACCGGUUACGGUAGUGCAACAAAAUGGCAGCUCACAAAACAAAACAAAGAAUGACGACAAAGAACUUCACAUGUUCGUCUGGAGCUCCAGUGCUUCGCCGGUUUCGGAAGGUGGUGGGGGUGGGCUCCACGUGUUUGGCGGUACUGAUUUUGGAGCGACAACAGACCAAUCAGGUCGACCCGAUAACGACGGUGCUAAAGAAAUCCGUAUGGUGGUCUCCUCCGAUCAUCCCGAAUCAAAAGGGACCGGUGAUUUCCGACGGGAUGAAUUCAGUUUCGGUGGUGGGAGAGAUGGAGAUUAUGAGAGGGAGAAAGAUGGGUCGACUGGGUUAAAACAGGGAUCAAGCUCUACGUCGGAGCUCCACCAUAAGGAGGCGCCAGUUCUGGAGGGGAAUGCCGGAAAAAUGAUGCCGCCGGCGAGUGUAAUGACCCGAUUGAUACUGAUUAUGGUUUGGAGAAAACUGAUCCGAAACCCGAACACGUACUCGAGUCUCAUUGGUCUAAUAUGGUCUCUUGUUUCUUUCAGGUGGCAUGUAGCAAUGCCAAAAAUAAUAGAGAAAUCGAUUUCAAUACUCUCGGAUGCUGGUCUCGGAAUGGCCAUGUUUAGUUUAGGUAUAUUUAUGGCUCUUCAACCCAAGAUAAUUGCCUGUGGGAAUUCAGUGGCUACGUUUUCAAUGGCGGUGAGGUUUUUAACAGGACCAGCAGUGAUGGCGGCUGCUUCGAUUAUUGUUGGCCUCCGUGGUACCCUCCUCCAUGUCGCCAUCGUACAGGCUGCAUUGCCACAGGGGAUUGUACCUUUUGUCUUUGCUAAAGAGUACAAUGUUCACCCAGCAAUUCUCAGUACUGCGGUGAUUUUUGGGAUGCUGAUUGCGUUGCCUAUAACUUUGGUGUAUUACAUUCUUCUUGGGUUGUAAGACAUAGUAAAGCAUGGGGGAGAGGAAAAAAUCUUUAAAAUUGAAUGAAUGUCGAAUGUGUGUAAGACAGGAUUUAGUCAUCUAACAAGUUCCUUGUACAAGGAUUUUCAUUUCAUGUGUGCAUUGAAUGAGUGGGAAGUCCUAUAUAUAGAGACUCCCAGUCCAAGACCAUCGGAAGAUGGGAUUUUUGACAUGAUUUAAAGCACCCGUAGCUCCUUGAUAUAAGGAUCUUGCUUCCCCAAAUUAGAUACUAGCAACCAAGGUGAUAGCUUUUCAAGACGACAACAAGGAAAGAUACACAAACUUGAUGCACUAAAAAAGAAUAUCUUAGGUGUAUAUUGGCAUGUUAAUGUAAUAGGGAGAAUAUUAUUAUUUGUUUCAUAUGUAUUUUUUUUAAUGUAAGUAUUUAAAAUCAUAAUGAUUGAGAGGUGAUGCAUGA